AUGGCUCCUACGGGCCCACCACUACAUGUUUGCGUCGUCUCUCUUCGAAGACGCAGAAUUGCCUUCCGACUCGCCGAUGGUAACCGAGGGGCAAAGGAGGGGAGGCAUACUGAGGAGGAUGAGGGUGAAGACGAAGGCGAUGGCGAGGACAGGGCGGACGAGAAAGACGACGGCGAACUCCAACGCAGCCGCCAGGCCACCGCUCGCCAUGGCGCCGGCGGCAGCUCAGUUCCGGCCUUGCAAGGAGGGGAUCCGCUCGCGAGGCUAUUGGGUCUAUGGCAUGCGGGGCCGGCAGAACUCCUUGGCGCAAGCAAAAGCCUGGUUGCAGUUGCAGCGCCCGUUUUGACUUUGCUGGCAAUGCAAGCAAUCGGAAUCGGAAUUGCCGAAUUGGUGUGCAACCGGUUUCGAAGGAGAAACAGAGUACUAGCCCGUGCACUUCCCACAGGCUAG